AUGAGUGCGCUGAAAUCUUCGUCGCCCGAGCUGGAACACCAUGGCGGCGUCGGGGCAGCCGCCGUUGCUGUUGUCGCAGAUCGUUUGGCGCGCAAGCUCACCGCGCGCCAGGUCCAGAUGAUUGCCAUUGGCGGCACAAUUGGAACUGGUUUGUUCUUGGGAACAGGCAAGUCGUUGGCAACAGGCGGACCCGCGUCGACCCUUAUCGCAUAUGCCAUUGUCGGUGUCAUCAUUUUCAUUACAAUGCUCUGCCUUGGUGAAAUGGCGGCGUUUGUGCCCAUUGCCGGGUCGUUUUGUACAUUUGCUGGACGUUUCGUCGAUGAUGCAUUUAGCUUUGCUCUGACUUGGAAUUACUGGUUCAACGACGCUGUAUCGACCGCUUCCGAUUUGGUUGCACUGCAGCUGGUUCUGCAGUAUUGGACCGACCAUUUUCCUGGCUGGGCCAUCAGCUUGAUUUUUUGGGUUGCGAUUAUCCUCGCCAACAUCAUCACGGUGCGAGCCUACGGCGAGGUCGAAUAUUGGCUUAGUCUCCUCAAAGUAAUCACGAUUAUCAUAUUCAUCAUUCUCGGCGUUGUCGUCAACUGUGGCGCAAACACGAUGCACCACUAUAUUGGCGGACACAAUUGGCACAUUGGUGACGCGCCAUUCGUGGGCGGCAUUGGUGGCUUCGCAUCUGUGUUUGUGACCGCGUCAUUCGCAUACGGCGGUACCGAAUCCAUUGCCAUCACGGCCGGCGAGACCAAGAACCCGGCCAAAACCAUGCCCAGAGUCGUCAAAAAUGUCUUCUGGCGUAUUCUCCUCUUCUACCUCCUGUCCAUUCUUAUUAUCGGCCUCAACGUGCCCUACAAUUAUCCGGGCCUGAGCACAAAAUCCAGCGCCACUUCCCCUUUUACCAUUGUCUUCCAGAUGGCCGGCUCCAACGUCGCAGGCAGCUUCAUCAACGCCGUUAUCAUGACCAGUGUCUUGUCCGCCGGUAAUCAUGCCCUUUUUGCCGGAACCCGUCUGCUCUAUACCCUUGGGGUCAAUCGCCACGCACCUCCUUUCUUUGCUACCUUGAACCGUCAAGGAGUUCCCUGGAUUGCCGUCCUCGCGACCUCCGCCAUCAGCGGUCUCUGCUUCGGCGCAAGCUACAUCGGCGCUGGCCAGCUCUGGAGCUGGCUCCAGAAUAUUGUCGGCGUCUCCAACCAGCUCUCCUGGAUCGCCAUUGGCAUUGCCUCUCUUCGGUUCCGCUCCGCCAUCAAGCUCCAGGGCAAAGAACACCUCCUACCCUUUAAGAACUGGACGUAUCCCUACGGACCGUGGUUCUCCAUUCUCCUCAACUCGUUUUUGGUCUUGGUUCAAGGCUGGAGCUGUUUCAGCCCCACGUUUAGUGCUGUCGAUUUUGUCAGCUAUUAUAUCGAGUUGCCUAUCAUGCUCGUCAUGUAUCUCGCUUGGAAGUUCAUCAAGCGCACAAAGGUCGUCAAGUUGGCCGAAAUGGAUCUCGAAACUGAUACCCACACCGCUGAUGAGAUUGAUCCAAGAGAUCUCGCCGAGGAAAAGACGUGGAAAGGUCGUGCCAUGACUAUUUUAAGAUGGAUUGCAUGA